AUGCAACAAGAAAAGGAUACACAAGAAGAAUUUUAUUUUGAUUAUGUUCGAUUACUUGUUGAAAAUCGAAUGCUUCAUCGAUCAGGUUAUUAUUUGGGUGCAUCAAAUCAAUUUGUUCGUAUAUUUACAUUAACCGGUCGUCGAUAUUGGCUUGCACAAGCUACUAGUGAACAUAUUACAGCCGAUUGGAAAAUACAUUUUUCAAUUCGACCUCGUGAUAUUUCUUUAGCAUUUAAUCUUCUAUCAGAACUCUAUUAUGAUAUGAAAUUACCUAUUGGUCUUAAAGCUCGAUAUCCAGAUAACUGGAAAGAUUUUGAAAAUGAAUGGCCUCAACAUAUGUCGGGACGUGAAAUCACUGUUUAUAUACUUCUCUAUGAAAAUACAUUAAAAAUUCAUCAAACAAUGCUUUAUUCUAGUAAUAAUUUAUCGCAACCAAUAACUAUGAUUGAUUGGAUAUUGUCAAAUACAGAAGAUAUAUAUUCAAUGCAUGAUUUAACACCUAAAGACGAAAUUCCACUUGAUCGAUAUCUUGAUUAUGCUAAUCGAGCUGAAAAAUUACUUGAACAAUAUCGAAUUGAACCAAAUGGAUGUGCUAUUGGUGAUUAUCCCAUUGGAAAAUAUUCAUCAUUACGUAAUGAAAAAUUUGUUGCUAUUGAAGAUCAUGAACAUGAUGAAAAAAUACGACUCAUUUAUCCACCAAAUGAAUGUGGUUAUAAUGGUUCAAAAGAUAGACGAGAUUUAACAAAAGAAAUAAUUGAUUUGAAAACAUAUCGAAAACGUAAAAGACAAAAUAAAAUAAUCAAAAUUUUAUUUACAAUAAUAAUUGUUUUUCCAGUAAUUUUUUUUAUAAAUAAAUUAAUAUUUUAA